AUGACGAAAUCAGCUCUGUUUAGAAACCACGAAAUGCUUAAGAAUACCGAGGGAGAUCAGAAUCAAGAGGGUAUCACACGUAAAAUAGCAAUUGAUAAGGCGGUUGAGAGAUUCCAUUGGUAUCCUAUGAAACGAUUCAACAAUCAAAGCAUGAAUAAAGAGACUUGGUGCUUACAAAAAGUACAGAGAGCGUUCCAGGGAAGUACGCCAGAAGGUCUUCUUUCAUUAGUCAAGAGGAAUUAUUCUCGCUUAUUUGUACUAACAGGACAAGGAAAGCUUAGUAGUAGAGUUGAGGAUAGGGACUUCAGAGUCAAACCUGUGAAAAUCGUGCCAGUGUAUACUACUCAAAAGUGUAUACAUAAAUUCUUACAAAAGCGCAGGUCAGAUCUUGAUAAAACAAUAGAGCUACGAAAUCUAAAAGCUCACCAAAGCAUUAACCAGGGUUUCUCAAAUUUCAUAUGGAGGGGGUACGAAUACGAGGCGAUUAGGCACUACAUUGAUGUUCUCACAGCUAACACAGCUGCCAUGAAUCAAGCUAUCUGCUUGGGGUUUCAAAUUUGGUACUCUUUAAUGCCAAGCCUUAUGCUGACCAUUGGUAAUUAUGAUUUCCAUUUCAUCCUAAGCCCAGAUUUUUACAAAUCCUUCAAGGAUAGCACACGAGAAUGGUCCCCCCAGACGAUCAAGCUCGCCGAAGAACUGUGCGAGGAUCUAAGUCAUAGUCUCAUGCAUGCCGCCGGGAGCACACUCGAAACAGGUGGGGCCAGCACCUCGGGGUGUGGUACCAGCGCAGAGUCGAACGAGACGGGAACCUUCGACCCCUUGGGAAUAAGAGCAAGAGAGGAAACCCACAAAGUAGUACUACGGAAACUAGUGAUUUCCUGCCUCGCAGUUUGUCUAUUGAGCACUGUAUCCUAUAUAACCGUCGGCGGAACGGAACUAUGCCAACAAUUUAUGGAGGGAAAGUUUAAAGAAUAA